AUAAGCCUAAUUAUUCAACAUUACUGCGCAUGCGCUUGAAAAUACCACGAGAGCUUGGAAUUGUUUUCCAUUCAAAUUUGUUGCGAAAAAUCAAACAAUUGUGUUUGUAGCUCUGUGUUGUGUCCAAUUUUCCUCAGGUUAAUUUUGGCAUAAUUUCUACGUCGAUAUGGAUGACGAGGACGAGACAUAUAAAUUAUGGCGCAUUAGAAAAACGGUAAUGCAGCUCUGUCACGAUAGAGGUUAUCUCGUAACGCAGGAUGAAUUGGAUCAAACAUUGGAGCAAUUUAAGGAUCAAUUCGGUGAUAAACCGAGUGAAAAGAGACCGGCUAGGAGCGAUCUUAUUGUUUUAGUAGCUCAUAAUGACGAUCCUACCGAUCAAUUGUUUGUCUUCUUUCCAGACGAGCCAAAAAUUGGCAUCAAAACUAUAAAGACCUAUUGUCAGCGAAUGCAAGAGGAAAAGAUUCACAGAGCGAUUAUUGUAGUUCAACAAGGCAUGACACCUUCCGCCAAGCAAUCUUUGGUAGACAUGGCACCAAAGUAUAUACUGGAACAAUUCCUGGAGUCUGAAUUAUUGAUCAAUAUUACUGAACAUGAAUUGGUACCUGAGCACAUUGUUUUAACUCCGGACGAGAAAGAAGAAUUGUUGACGAGAUAUAAACUGAAGGAGAAUCAAUUAAUGAGAAUACAAGCUGGGGAUCCAGUAGCACGAUACUUUGGUCUGAAGCGUGGACAAGUUGUCAAGAUUAUUAGGCCAUCAGAGACUGCAGGGAGAUACAUAUCCUACAGGCUAGUUUGCUGAAGGAAGGAAUUGGGGAAAAAUACAUUAAAGAUGAAUUGUCAAAAGUUUUCACAGAUUAAAGAUAAGAUUAAACACUUCAGUUCGAAAUUUGCCAUUUAUUGUACCAGCAUUUUUAUAAUGGCGUAUCAUCUCCUAUCUGUUUUAUUACACCAUCGCGCUAAUAAUAACUACAAUUGUAUUAUACGAUGUUAUUGCUAUAUGUAAGAAACUGUGGCACCAAGUGUUCAAAACAUCAUACAAUCAGCAGUGAAUAAUUAUGAUUCUCAUAUUUAUGUA